AGGAGAAACAUCUGAGACCAAACCCCCUACCUCCUCAACCCCAGAGUCCCGCCGGACCGACGGACAGAACAGACUGACAAGCCGACAGUGAGAGCAAAGACGCAGAGUUUGGAGAGAGUGGGGGCAUGGAGAUUCGUCCAUGCACGCUGCAGAGAGCAGAGAUCUGUUGAGCCCCCCUGUGUGGAUGUGAAUGAAUGGGUCCGUCUCGGUGUGUGUGUGUGGUGCUUAACUGGGUCAUGCGGACCACUGGAGGAGCGAAAGAUAAACACGCACCCUCCUCCCGCUGCUUGGCAGGUUGAGAUGGUGGGCGCUCAGAGGAGGGAUCCCAGCCUGUGUCCUCAGCUCAGCAUCCAGCAUCAGAUGAUGCUCUUGAUUUAAUCCGCCUCCGAAGAAAGUCACAAACUGAAGAGCAUCUCCAGAAACAGGACGGGAAUCGUCUCGGGGCGGGCACAAGGCAAAGCGCAACGACGGAACCUCAUCCGAGCUUUGUCACUCUGUGAAACUGCAAGGUUUUUGGUGUGUUUAAUGGAACUGUACGGUUUUCUUAGCACCUAGGCCUAUAACUGAUCGAUAACUUCCAUCAAACGAGGAGAUCCAUCCAUCGGUUCCCCCCGCAGACUCCAGCGGAUCAGAGCGCAUCAGCUCUGCUCGCCGAGCGGAUGCAGGACCAUGGAGGAGAGAGACAGGUCGCCAGCAGUCUGCCACACAGCGUCAAGGCGAGCCUGUCUCUUUCUCCAUCUGGGCCCGGACGGGUGGGCAGCGGUGGGGGCUCCCCUACAUCCAAGAUGGGCUACUGCGGAGGGGUGCCUGUGGAGGACAUGCAGGCGCUGGCCAUCACCUCUCUGUCUGCAGCAGAUGUAGCCAAACAAUAUGAGCACAUACGUGAGCUUGGGAAGGGCACGUAUGGCAAGGUGGACCUGGUGGCACAUCGUACACAGGGCACCAAAAUGGCACUGAAGUUUGUUACCAAGAACAAGACGAAGCUCAAGAGUUUCCUGCGGGAAUACAGUCUAACUGGCUCACUUAGCUGCAGCCCUUUCAUUAUCAAAGUCCUGGACGUGCUUUUUGAGACAGAAGACAGCUAUGUGUUUGGACAAGAAUAUGCCCCCGCCGGGGACCUUUUCGACAUCAUCCCCCCACAGGUGGGUCUGCCAGAGGAAAUGGUCAAACGCUGCAUGCAACAACUGGGCCUAGCCCUGGACUUUAUGCAUAGUAAAAACCUAGUGCAUCGGGAUGUGAAACCUGAGAAUGUGCUCCUAUUUGACCGUGAGUGCCGUCGCAUCAAGCUGGCCGACUUUGGUAUGACCCGACGCGUGGGCUGCCGUGUGAAACGGGUGAGUGGCACCAUCCCCUAUACGGCACCAGAGGUUUGCCGUGCUAGCCGUGCUGAGGGUUUUCUCGUGUCCACCAGUCUGGAUGUGUGGGCAUUCGGUGUGCUGGUCUUCUGUAUGCUGACAGGCAAUUUCCCCUGGGAGGCAGCGCUGCCAGCCGAUGCUUUCUACGAGGAGUUUCGGCGCUGGCAGAAGGCAGGGUGUCCUGUGGGAACCUACCCAUCUCAAUGGCGGCGCUUCACUGAUGACGCCUUGCGCAUGUUUCAGAGGCUUCUCGCUUCCGAGCCGGAAAAACGCUGUGGAGUCAAGGACGUCUUCUGCUUUGUCAAGUACGAGCUUGUCAGCGAGCUCAGGCGCAGAGCAUCUUGCCGAGCCAAGAGAGGUGAGAGGUCAAGCUCUGGAGUGUGUACCGGCAGUUGCACUUCCUCUUCAUCCUCCACUUCAUCACGUUCCUCCCACAGACACCCCGAGCCCUCCACCCCUCCAGGAACGUCCUGCCUGCGUCCGGCACCUCUCAAACGUAGUGUGCUCUCCGACCCUUUGUCUCCCAGAGAGGAGUCUGGACAGCACCAGUCUCCAGGCCGAGACAAGAACAAAAGCCAGAUGGUGAUGGCAACUGCCAUCGAAAUUUGUGUGUGACCAUGCUAAUGUUUGCAGUGUAGACUAGAUGGCUUUUCACAGUACUAACAAGCUGUGAAGAGGUGUUAAUGACUACCACAGAGACUCUAGUGAAAAAGGAGAGGUACUUUAACCAUGAAAGAGAAGCUCAGGAUCACAUCCCCGGCUGUGGAAAUGGACAUCAUCAAUCAGCGGUAUACACUUGGACAGCUUAUCACGGGCACAUGCCGUUUAGGUUUUGAUUUGUGACCAAAGACUACUUCCCAAGCUGAGAAGCCAUGCAGGCAGUGUUUAAGAGUCCGCUGAUGUUGUUCCUCUCAGCAGCUCAUUCUGCCAUCCAGACAUUUGUGUUUCUGCCCAUACACUGUGGUGGUGCUAAUGAUUUGAUAAUUAGAUACUCCAUAAAAACUGAUUCUGUCUUUUCUCACUCAUCACUCUGUGUCUCCCUACUUGUUUUUAUGUUAUGCCUCUUUGAUAGUGUUUAUUUAUCUCAGAAUUAUAAGCUCCGGGGAGGCCAAAACUUCAUCUGUUCAGGUGAUGCUGUUCAUUCGAAGGCCGGUGAUCCGAGGGCAAUCUCCGCAACUGCAUUUGACUGCAUUUCUCAGACCUUCUGCCAACUUCCAGUGCAUAAAAUUUGUCCUAGACUUUUUCAAAAGAAAGUGUUAUAAAGAAAAAAACAAGAAAUCUUAAUGUAGCAGUUUGUAUGAGAUGUCUUUUCAUGUAGGUGUCUAGACUUAGUGAUAGGCGUCAGCUCAGGACACUUCAGUGGGUCACUUCCUGUUUUAUUAUUAACGGAAAUCUAGUGAAUAGCUGGAAGACACAUCUGCCACUUUUAAACUUCUCCCAAUGAGAUUCAUUUCCAACGUAACACAAUAGAACACAGGGAUUGUACAUUUUCUGAGUGAAAAAGGUGGUGAACAAAGAAGAGGAGUCUUUUUAUUGUUUCUUUUCUACCUGCUGUGUUUGUUUGGAUGUGUGUGUUUCAAUGCUAAAGCACAAGACUUUUGUAAAGGUAAAGUGAAAACUAUAUUGUAAAUAAUUUGAUAUUUCUAGGAGUGCAUCGUUAAAUCAGGUAGUUCAACUAUGUAGCGGUACAAAUUUUCUAUGAAAGGGAAAGGUGUUUUAGGGUUUUACAGUUACUGUCGGGGCAAUGCACUGUAUGUAGCAACAAAAUAUGACAGAAUGUACAGUAUAUCACAACAAAUUAAUUAUACAGAAAUAUGAUCUAGAGUCUAUCACAAAGUAUAACAUAGUAGCAGCUGCUGUUCUCUUUUUUCUUAUAUUGUUUUGGGUUUCAUUCAAGUUUUCUUGUCCCAGGUAUGACACACACAUUGGUGAAUAGACAUCACUCAUUUUUGUAUUUUCCUGUCACCAUAACCUUGAGCAACAUCCAUUUCCUGUGUAAAAUCUUCAUGCUUCCUGGUUGUCAAUGAGCACAGCCCAUUCUGUCUUCAUUCAAUCCGUUAAAGCGACUGAGGGCUGGUCGGCACCAAACAAAUUAAUUUCCGAGCAUCACAAAAGGUGUUCAGAUAUUUGAUUAUCAAGGAGAGGCCGACUGCUCAGAAUAUGUUGCUUCACCCCCUAUGCUCACCUUUUAUUAAAUCUUCCUGCCUCUCUCUGGGAGUUCAUCCAACUGUAUCAGUCGAAUAGCAGAGCCCAGGUGUUUAUUGUCUGGAGGGAUGACCUCUGUGUCAGCCAUUGCUGUUCUGAGAGCUGAUGAUUGAUCCUGACUGGCGCACAGCUUCCAAAGAUAUACUGCUAAUUAUUAAAGCGUCUAAAAAGCUCAGUAUGUUCAGUGUGAAUGCUUCAGUGCAUGCUCAUUACCAUUAUUUUUCUUGCUUGAAUUGUGUUACUGUUAUGUCAGUCAGGUGUGUGUGUGUGUGUGUCUCUCUGUCUGUCUGUCUGUCUGUGUGUGUGUGUGUGUGUGUGUGUGUGUGUGUGUGUGUGUGUGUGUGUGUGUGUGUGUGUGUGCGUGAACGUGUGCUUCUUUUCACUUUCCUUAUUUCCCCACUCCUCCCAUGACAGCCCAUCAGCUCUGUCGCUAUAGUGACAGUGCCGGUGCUCCUCUGGUGCGGCUUCUGUCCUCUUCUUGAAAAUCAAGUCUAAUUGAGCCCAAAUGAAACAACUGGUCACCAACCCCCCUCCCAGUCACCCACAGCUCCUCUUGACAGUUGCCUAGCUUAUUAUACUCAAUAACACAUUUCGGCAGAUACACAUUUCCCCUUUUUUUAUGAGCCUGUUCACGAUCGAAGUCUUUAUCCAGUCUCAUCAGGCAUAAUCGAAGCUGUUGAUGGUCCCUAUCAUUUCCCUUGUCUCUCUCCAUCCUCACUCUUGACUCUGCAAAGGUGACCUGACUGAGGCUGAAGACUUGUCAAAGGGAUGUAUUGUAUGUCUCAUAGGAUCUGUCAAAAGGUAAUCCAUCAUUAGAUUGUGGUGGAAUGUGAAUUAGCUCUGCCCUAUAUCUUGCUAUUCUGCCUGUGGGAUAAUGUAGGAUCCAAAUAGUAGAAAAAGACGAUGAUGGUGUGCAUAAGGUAAUAUAAAGUAAGACAACUCAACAUAAUGCAAUUCAAUGUAACUUCAUGCAACAUACUGUAACUUAAUGCAACGCUCCGUUAUAUACGGCAAAACGCAUAAUAACAUGAGCCAAUCAUAACCCGGUGCAACAUAAUGUGAACCAACACAACAUGACAUGACUCCUUUAUAAUAGUAUGUUAUUAUUCUUUAUAAUAUUACUUUAUGUAUUGUUUAUAAUUUAUGUAUACAUGUAGCCCCCAACUUGAUGAGUAAGAGUGUUCUGAUGUGAGCAGCUGUGGCUUUGUUAGACAUCAUCGUCAUCAGCAUCUUUACACUAUUAUCAGUCGUUUCAAUGUGCAAUGUUGUUUCUCAUGGACUGUUAUGGCAGGAAUUGUCAAGUUUAAUGAUGAUGUGUCAAUUUAUAUCAAGUUUUAUUGAAGCUCUAGAGAGUAGCCUUCCGUUGAUCCAAUUUAUUCUGAUCCAAUGAUCAGACUGUUUUCUGCCAGCAAGUGUUGUUGUAGAAUCUUAUGUAAAUACUGAAUGUAUUGUGUCUUUAACAAAACAAAACAAAAAAAAAGAAUCAACAAAAUGUUAAUAUAUGUUGAAAUAAAUUUAUGCACCACA